UUACAGGGCUACAUAGUAGGAAAACCUGGAUGGACAAGAGUCAGCUUUCCUUACUACAUGUCAAAUGAGGAGUUUGAAUACAUUCCUGCGGCAUUGGAGUUCGUAGCCAUCUAUGGCCAACGAUUUCUUCCUCUAUACCAUUUCAACCUGAGAACUGGUAGCUGGACUUUCAAGAAGAAGGCACUUAAGGACUUGGUAGGAAAGGAGAAUAGUCACGGCAUCCAUGUCUUGCCUUUGGCUAGUGCUUUCCAGACAAUAAGCUUGGACCGUGACAAAAUUGAUGCAGGAAAGAAUGAUAGCUCUAUCAUCCUUCAGUAUGCAUCAUAUUUGAAAAGUGCCAAACCAGUCGCUGCUCUCCUUCCCAAGUUUCCAUCUCGAAGGAGGUUUCACGAAGAUUUAGAUCUUAACCUCCUCCCUUUUAGAGUCUAACUAUACUAUCAAAAAUUGAUUCGAGUUCAUAAUCAAAUUUAUCUAUUUUUCCACACUUCAUUGGAAUAUUCUCACAAAGCAAAAGCAAAAAAUUAAACUAGCUCAAGCCUGUCAUGUUAGCAGACUUUCCAAUUACCUGAAAUCUGUUGUAGUGCCUGACAAAUUGGCUGAUACAUAAUCCAAUCUGGUCAAGACUUGUGUAAUAAUGGUGUCAUGCCCCAAAACUAAGA